AGCUUAUAAGCACGCAGACUGUUGUGCGAAUAACAUUUCCACAGAACGCAGGCAUGGCAAAGGAUGCUCGAGACAACUGGGAAAGUCCCAUGCAGUUUGUAAUGGCUUGUGUUUCAUAUGCCGUCGGACUGGGAAACGUGUGGAGGUUUCCUUACCUCUGUCAAAUGCACGGUGGAGGGGGUUUCCUGAUCCCCUAUCUGCUCAUGCUGCUCCUGGAAGGCGUGCCUCUGUUCUACUUGGAGCUGGCCAUUGGUCAGAAAAUGCGUCUGGGCAGCAUCGGUGCAUGGACUGCUAUAAGCCCAUAUUUAGGGGGACUUGGACUUGCCAGUGUUGUGACAUCAAUGUACUUAUGUCUCUAUUACAACAUUAUCAAUGCAUGGAGUUUCUGGUACCUCUUUCACUCAUUUCAAUCUGUCUUGCCCUGGGCAGCUUGCCCUGUAAAUUCCAACCGGACCGGACCUAUAGAGGAGUGUGAAAAAGCUACACCCACCCAAUAUUUCUUCUAUAGAGAAACCCUUAAUGUCUCUCCCUCUAUUGAAAAGAAUGGUGGCAUUCACACAGGCCAGGCGCUGUGUUUCUUGCUAGCAUGGGUGAUAACUUAUCUAUUCAUUAUCCGAGGUGUAAAGUCAACUGGAAAGGUGGUAUACUUCACUGCAACAUUUCCAUAUGUUGUCCUGCUCAUCUACUUGAUUCGAGGCAUGACUCUUCAUGGAGCUCUAAAUGGUGUCAAAUACAUGUUCACACCCAAGAUGGAAGAACUUGCCAAUCCUACUACUUGGAUCAAUGCAGCCACUCAGAUCUUUUUCUCUCUGGGUUUGGGUUUUGGGUCACUCAUAGCAUUCGCCAGCUACAACCAGUACCACAACAACUUUGAGUGGCAGGCCAUCAUUGUCUCCCUUAUUAACAGUGGAACAUCCAUCUUUGCCUCCAUUGUCACCUUUGCCAUCUAUGGGUUCAAGGCAACUAUCAACUAUGAGAAUUGCUUGGAGAGGACACGCAUACUGCUGCUCAACUCUUUCAAUCUCGCCGAAGACAGCAUCAUCAUCAACAAUGUGUUUGAAAUGAUUGAGAAGCUGAACACAACAUUUCCAGAGCAGUUCGCUGAACUUAGCAACAAACUAGAAGACUGCAACCUGGAGAAUGAGCUAAGCACUGCUGUGGAGGGGACAGGGCUGGCCUUCAUAGUGUACAGUGAGGCCAUAAAGAACAUGCCAUUGUCUCAGCUGUGGUCAGUGCUCUACUUCUUCAUGCUUCUGAUGCUGGGAAUGGGCAGCAUGCUGGGAAACAUUACCGCCAUCACCACCCCACUACAGGACUUCAAAUUUCUGUCCCGCAUAAGCAACGAGGCUUUAAAUGGUUUUGUGUGCGUCCUCUGCCUUCUGCUUGGCCUUGGCUUCACAACAAGAUCAGGAAACUACUGGUUUACCAUGUUUAAUGACUAUGGAGCCACUUUCUCCCUGUUACUCAUUGUCCUUAUUGAGGUCAUAACUGUCAGCUACAUUUAUGGAAUCAAAAGGUUUGAAAAAGAUAUAGAAGACAUGCUGGGCCAUCGUCCUAAUUGGUUCUGGAAAAUCAUGUGGGGAGGAAUUAGCCCCCUACUUCUUAUCGGCCUCUUCUUGUUCUAUGUCAUUAACUACAUCCAAGGAGGAACACCCACCUACCAAGCAUGGAACAAAGAUCUGGGGAAAACCGAGCAGACGGAGUAUCCUCUCUUUGGUCAGGCUUUCAUCGGACUGCUCUUGGUGUCUUCAGUGAGCUGUAUUCCCCUCACAGCUUUGUAUAUCUUCUGUCAGAGGAGGAAACAUGCACAGCAACAUAAGCAACAGCAUACUGUAAAUACAGUAGCUGCUUAGUGACUGGACGGUGACAGGGACAAACUUCUGACUGUAACCUUCCUGCCACUUUCCUCAGCAGGGCUUUGGUCACCAGCUGGAAAGCAAGACUUUGGCUUCCAUCAUGGAUUACAGAAUGCAACAGUGGCAAAAGAAUAACCAGUCAUUUGUGUUUGUUAAUGUUUGUUUGUUAAAAAGAUAGAAAUAAAAAUGUAACUAAUAUUUUUAUGUGAGCCAGAGCUUUUAAAGGUUUUCAUCAUGGAAAAGAUCCUGAUGUUUUCUGACUAAUGUGGUAUUUAUAGAGAAAUCCAGUUGCACAUAAAAUUGGUAUUCAUUUUUUUUAUUAAUAUAUUUUUUCACUGAAUCAAUUGCUGCUUUGAGCCAAUCAACAACCUGUACACUACACUGAAGUAGAUUCAUUUGUUUUCUUCCACAGUAAGAAUCCACUGAUUAGCUUCAACUAGUUUCCACAUCUUUAACUGUGGCAUCUUAUGUACUGUAGGUUUCACCAUGUGUGUGAAUAAAGCGCAGUUUAUGUGAUUACCAGAUGUUUUUAACAAAUAUAGUUGUAUUCAGUAUUUUAUACGACAGUGGUUCCCUGUUUGUCUGAUAAUGACAUAUGUAGCUGUUGCCCACACAGUGAGCUAUUGUUUUUUAUUUUUCAUUUCAUAAACUUUUUGAGUUGGUUUUUUGUUUGUUGUGCUUAGAGCUGCACUGUCUUCUCAGCACAAUGGUUUCUAGUUCAAAUCAGAGCUCAGGCCUUUCACUACAGUUUAUUUUAAAUAUGUGGGUCAUCUGGAAACCUGGAGAUUAAAGGGUCUUUCUGUAAAUCUUC